AGGAAUGGACUAAGGGCAGAUAUUCGACAACUUCCUACUGAUGCAACCCCAGGACAGAAAGCUUCUAUAGAAGAGAAGCGACAGAGAUUGACAGCUAGGAUAGCUAAAUUUCAUGAAACAGCUAAUGCCAUGACUGCUAGUAUGGAUCUUAGAACUGCAACAGUGCAUUCCAACAAUCCUAGAUUCUGCUAUGUAGGUCAUGAUGAAAAUGGUUGGGGAGAGGUCUCAGAUGAAGAGAUCUCAGAGUAUAUUGACGAAGAAAUCUUGGCUGAAGAGAUGGGUAUCUGGAUGCCA